CACAGUCAUGUGACCAAAUACGGAAAUAAUUAUGCCGAGUUUGUCCACAAUGGCAGCAUGAUACUUUGACACAAGUUUAUUAUAUUGCAGACACCUUUUGAAGCAAAUAUGCUACUUGUGUGUGUAUUCUUAUAGUCUUUAUGAAAUGUUAAAUCAGAUAUGGUGCUGUGUUUCUUAAUCCACACGGUGUGUCCGGUGAGCGCUCUGUCCGCAGGCGAGAUCCGGAUACUGUACGCGCGCGUAUUCGGACCAGAGACCGGGGAUGGUUGUGAUUUCACACCGGAGCAGAGACGACUGGUGGAGAAAGAGAAGCUUCACGUGGUAGCGAGACAGGUGAGGAGUGCGGUGGCUCUGAGUAGGGAGGCCUCAGGCAGUCUGUGUACUGAGGCUGUGCUGGGAGAGGAGGCUGUCGCUCUGGGUGAAGCUGACAAGGGUGUGUUUUCCCUGGGCAGUGCAGAGCUGUUUCCAGUUCGGAGUGUUGUUCUGUGGCUGGGGGUGCAGUCACUAGCAUUCACUCUUGUCUGCAGACCACACGAGAACCUUCUGCUCGCAGAGGGAGCGCUUCGCAACAUUGCACGCCACUGCCUGGAGGAGCUGCGUCUGCUGGGACCUGGUGCUGAGGUGUUGCUGAAAAGUGAUCGAGUGGACGCAUUGUUGCACAGACUCCUUCCUCAUGGUCAGCUCCUCUUCCUCAACCACCGUUUUGCCUCCAGCCUGGAUAAAGAGAUAGCGAGCUACGUGAGCAAAUGAAAGAGUGUGUGUAUUGGUAGAAUCACACUGGUGAGCCAUUUGCCACAUAUUUAGAGGGUAAUAUAUAAAUAUGCCUGAUAAAUCCUGGAUGUUCCGAUCUAGGAGAUUUGGGGGAACCACUUCUCCUUUGAAAGUGUAAUGCACACAUUUGAAAAGUAGAAGAUUGUACCCACGAAGUGUAUUGUGAACUGGUUUUUCCCUUUGAGGAAACCAAAAGGCACAUGUUCUAAAACUUUAAUUGGAGUUUGACAUCAGAUUAGAUGGAAAAAAGAGUGAACCACAAAAGCAGUACAGCUUAUAAUAUCCCAUUGAGAGAUUCUUCAAGUAAAGCUCUUUACACAUUUGAUCGUUCAGGCAGAAUGACUUUGAAGUACCUGAUUAAGUGCUCGUAAAUGGUCAAUUGAUAACAUUGUUCACUGAGUUUCUUGUUAAUUAAAGUCUGAAUUUAUAUUAUUAUUAUAUUAUAUUACUGUCUGGAUGGGUCAAAAUAAAACCAUUGUGUUAUAUACUAACUCUCCUCUAGAGGGCAGUGUUGCAUUUUAUGAAUUGCUGUGUGUUGCUUCAGUCAAGUGCGCUGCAAUUUGAAUAAUCCUGUAACACUUUCAUCUAAAAUAAUUCAAUAGUUCACAGCAGUGUGUCUGCCAACAGAUCUGAGAUGUCUGAUUGACAAGGCCGUAUGUUGCCUUCAUAUCUAGGCCAAAAGAGCAAUAACACAAUUCCUGAAAAUCCAUUUUUAGUUCCUCUUUCCUCUGAUUUAAUAAUAACAAGUUGCCUCUGUCAUCAUGCUGUGCUGGGAAUGAAGGGAGGGUGAGGAUGUCCUCUUAGAGAAAGUGUGAGGCCAGUCAUCGUAACUCACAAGUACCAUGGUUCAAUAUGUUAACUGGUGAGGAUGAGGGUUUUCUGGCUUCUGCCUGUGUCAUCUGCCUUGACAAACUGUGUGACGUUGGUAUGUCUCUCACAUCUAGCAGGACAAGAGCGCCAUUAAGCCUCUAUAGCUGUGAAGUGUUGUUCAGGCAUUCACAUUAAAAGAACCUAUAACACAUUAA